GCUACUUUUUCGUCUCCAGAAUGCGCCGUACUUCUCAUACCAGGAGCGAAAAGGAAACCGCGAUGAAGAGAACGACAACGCGUGCCACAGACAGCAUUUGCGCAUGUCUUUCUUCGUCUCGGUGACUUUUUCGCAUUUGUUCCGUCAACACCAUAGUUGUCCAAUUAACGCAUUGCUUUCAAUUCCUACGUGCCAUGACUGACAGUGACAUAUAUUUUUUCUUGAUUUCUCUAUGAAAACGGUUGGCAUCUUAUAUAUAUAUAUAUAUAUUUGUAGCUCUGAAGAGAAGAAUUCUAGCUUCACCGCACGAAAAAUGCAGCUUGAGGUACUUCAUGUGAACUGUAGAAAGGCACAAGGAACAAAGAAGUGGGGAAAAAUGAAGAUGAAGGGCGACGAAAAUGUCGUCGUUCGUCCUCAACGUAACCGUGCAGACCUAUAUAUGCCAGACAAUGGCAGCAGACUCUGAUGUCGUACCUGUACACCCGCACAUGGAUGCACCGCUUGAGCUGUCAUUGCUGAAGCAGUGAAGCAGUUGCUUGUAUACGCCUCCCCCAAUGCAAAAAAAAGAAACGAAAUGCUGUCCCUCUUUAGUGCUGGUGGUUAACUAUGCAGAACAAACAAACACGAGAUUUCUUCAGAGAAGAAAAGACUACUUUCCACGAGGAGGUGGUAAGCUGUGUUUAUGCCCGCUCGUUGCGUGUUCAACCUCUUCGCUCUCAUUUCUAUUGUUUUUUCUUCUACUUCCGAAUCGGGUGAAGAAACGAACUCAUGUGUAGGUCUGCGCGUCUUACCUCUCAGAAGCGCAGAGAAAAAACGCCCUAUCAUUCUGUGCGUGAUCAUUCGGGCUAGCCGUUUUUUCUUCUUCCGUUUCGCAUUCUUUUCUUCUUCUAGCUCCAUCUAGUUCUUUUGUGCCCGAUGUUUCGUGUCUCUCUCGUUGCGCAACUCUUCUCCAAACCCGUGACGCAAGGCUACGUGGCACAACUCCCCAAGGCGGUGCCGGCGUCACCCGGUCGUGCGUGGAUGAGGGCGAUGGAUGCCAACAGCGACGUUAGGGACUUUUAUGUGGCAGAUAGCGAGCGGUACGACGCGUGGUACCGCGAAACGUACGGCAUCGAGGAUCUCUUUGACGGGUCGGCAGCGUCGGGCGCGGCGUCGAACCGGCUGUUAGACGACACGCGCAACCUGCAGCAGGCCGCUGGGGAAUACGACCUGCAAGGCGUGGAGGAGGAGCUGCGGUUUUGGGGUGAGGAGUUCCAGCACAACACGCAGCUGCAUUGA